AUGUCUUGUUUGAAGGAGCCUUUGAGCAGGCUCAAGUGGGGUUUCAUACCCGUGCGCAGAAUUGUGGACGAAGACCUUGAUCCACAAGAAUUGGCUGUGGAUGAGUCGAAGGAAUCUACUGUCGAAGAUACAGAAUUGAUCGAGUAUCGUGACGAGGCCAACCGCCCAUGGUGGAAGUUUUUCGACGAGUACGAGUACCGGUCUAAUAAAUAUGCGCGGGCUAACCAUAAAUGGUAUAAGUGGUUCGACGAAAACGACACGCCGGCCGAGAGAAAGUUGAUGUGGAAAAUUGACAUCUUGUUGACGUUCUACUCGCUCAUGGCCUACUGGGUCAAGUAUUUGGACCAGACAAAUUUGAACAACGCGUACGUGGCUGGGCUCAAAGAAUCGCUUGACAUGCUGGGAAACGAUUUGGUGAACACACAGGUGCUUUUCAACGUGGGAAACAUUGUGUUCCAAAUUCCGUUCAUGUACGUCUUGUACGGGCUUCCGUUGAAUUACGUGUUGCCGUGCUUGGAUCUUUGUUGGUCGUUCUUAACCAUCGGUACCUCCAAGGUGAGUACACUUGGCCAGCUUAAAGCACUCCGGUUCUUGAUCGGAAUGUUCGAGGCUCCCUCGUACUUGGCGUACCAGUAUUUGUUUGGCACUUUCAUAUUCAACCCGGCCAUGAUCGCCAGAAGAUCCAUGGUGUACUAUUUCGGUCAGUACCUUGGAGUUUUGACCUCGGGGUUGUUGUCGGGCGCCAUCUUGCGGACUUUCGACAACGUCGGGGGUCUUGAGUCGUGGCGCUGGAUCUUCAUUAUCGACGGAAUUGUCUCUGUUGCAGUUGGCAUCAUUGGUUUCUACAUGCUCCCCGGAACCCCCACGGACUGCUACUCGAUUUGGUUGACGGACGACGAAAUCCGGUUAUUGCGCAAGAAAUUGAAGCAGAACCACACAGCCGGCCGGCCGCAGGUCAAUUUGUUCACGUCUCUCAUGUCGAAGGAAACUUGGAAGCUGAUCAUCACAUCCUGGGAAUUCUAUGUUUUGGCCAUCUGGAACAUGCUCUGCUGGAAUAACAGCAAUGCCAGUUCCGGUGCAUACAUCUUGUGGCUUAACUCGCUCGGCCGGUUUGACGCAGGGACUCUUCAAGAUUACUCGGCCUUGACGCCUGCGCUCGGUCUUAUCUGGCUUUUCCUCACAUGCAUGUAUGCCGACUUGUUCCAGCUGCGGUGGUCGGCUAUCUGGUUCUCUCAAGUAUUCAACAUCACGGGAAAUGUUAUUUUGGCCGUGUGGAAUGUGCCCGAAGGCGCCAAGUGGUUUGCCUGGUGCUUGCAGUAUUUUGGUUGGGCCAUGGCACCGGUCUUGUACUCCUGGCAAAAUGACAUCUGUCGCCGAGACGCUCAAAAACGUGCGGUGAUCUUGGUUGUGAUGAAUAUGUUGGCUCAAGCUUCCACGGCGUGGAUGUCUGUCAUUGUAUGGAAGACCGUGGAGGCGCCCCGGUAUUUGAAAGGUUACUCUUUUGCUGCCUCAAGUGCGUUUUGCUUGUGCCUCUGGACGCUUCUUGUGAUGUACUUGUACAAGAAGCAAGAAAAGAAAUACUCCAAACAAAACGGUAUCGUUUUGUUCAAUUCCUUGACGGACACUGAGCCCGUGGAGGUGCAAGCAGUUUCUUCGGAUAGCGACGAAAAGAAGUCGCGUGAUAUUUGA